UGUAGGCACUCUCUCUAGUGUUGCCUAAGCUUGGAAGAGGACACCACAGAGCUUUUAGUUGGAUUUACUAGAGAUUCAAGUAUGCUGUUGAGAGCAAUCCAGUCUUCCAUAGGGAUGUGGCUGUUUUGAAAUGACCAAGAUUUUGAUUGAGUUAGCACAUACAGUAAGUAUCUAAAGCAGUUUGGCUGGCACAGUAAUUAAAGUGAGGUUGUUUAGCACAUGUAAAAAUCACAAACUUUGCCAGUAAUUGUCAUGAUAUUUCUGUCUACUUUCAAAGGUUUAGAGGAGGCCUCAAACAUGGCCUCUGCGGAAGUCAACUCUCCACUCCAGCUGAUGAGGAGCGUCAAAGAAGAGACAGAGGAGUUCAGCUUAGCUGACUCUCCAUCCCAGCUGAACAUAAAAGAAGAAGAGGGAGAAGAGUUCCCUGGUUCUCCAGAAAAGCUGAACAUAAAAGGAGAAGAGAGAGGAGAGUUCCCUGGUUCUCCAUCCCAGCUGAACAUAAAAGGAGAAGAGAGAGAAGAGUUCCCUGGUUCUCCAGAACAGCUGGAGAUAAAAGAAGAGAGAGAAGAGUUCCCUGCGUCUCCAUCCCAGCUGAACAUAAAAGGAGAAGAGAGAGGAGAGUUCCCUGGUUCUCCAUCCCAGCUGAACAUAAAAGGAGAGAGAGAAGAGUUCCCUGGAUCUCCAUCCCAGCUGAACAUAAAAGGAGAAGAGAGAGAAGAGUUCCCUGGUUCUCCAGAACAGCUGAACGUAAAAGAAGAGACAGAGCAGUUCCCUGGUUCUCCACCUCAGCUGAGGAGCGUAUAUGAGGACAGCGAGGAGAAUAGAUCUGGGCAUCAGCUCCACAGCGGUUCCAGUGUAGAGGAGUUUCGUGGAAAAACACAUUCUGCUGCCCUGACUACAGAGAGGCCGUACGUCUGCAGUCAGUGUGACCAGAGCUUUAAGAGAAAAGAUGAGCUCCAAAUCCACCAACGUGUUCACACAGGGGAGAAACCAUUUUCAUGCACCGACUGUGGAAAGAGUUUCUCACAUUCUUCUAACUUCCACCAACAUCGUCGCGUUCACACUGGAGAGAGGCCGUUCCCUUGCAGUCAGUGUGACAAGAGCUUUAAGACUAAAGGAAGCCUCAACAAACACCAGCUCGUUCACACAGGGGAGAAACCAUUUUCAUGCAGUGACUGCGGAAAAACCUUUUCACGGCUGUGUAUCCUUCGCAAACAUUUUCUUUGUCACACUGAAGAGAGGCCGUAUGCUUGCAGUCAGUGUAACAAGAGCUUUAAGAGAAAAGCAGAGCUCCAAAUCCACCUGCGCGUUCACACAGGGGAGAAACCUUUUUCAUGCACCGAAUGUGGAAAGAGUUUCUCAGAGUCUUCUACCCUCUACAGACACCGCCGCGUUCACACUGGAGAGAGGCCGUACGUUUGCAGUCAGUGUGACAAGAGCUUUAAGACUAAAGGAAACCUCAACGCACACCAGGUCGUUCACACAGGGGAGAAACCAUUUUCUCAGUGUGACAAGAGCUUUAAGACUAAAGGAAACCUCAACGCACACCAGGUCGUUCACACAGGGGAGAAACCAUUCUCAUGUAUCGACUGUGGAAAGAGUUUCUCAGAGUCUUCUAACUAG